AUGUAUGACGCGUUUCUGAUGAGUAGGUUUCUCCAGAUGCCGUUGCCUCCAACCUACGACGAUCGCCUAUGGAUUACGAAGAUUCUCGAUCACAUGAGUUACGAAGAGGCUUUCCGACGACGACAUGAAAUUCCUUUUCGUCCUUAUAAAAAGGAUCGUUCUGCGAAUAUACACAACAAUUGGGUCUACAAGGUAAUCGCUCAUCGGUCAGAAGUCUAUUCCAUUUUCACUGCUUGCAUAAGACUCAAAGUCCACCCGUAUGACCACUAA